AUGUUGGCUCCAACCGUCACUAGGGAAGCGUGCCAACCGAUUAUUAACGCCUUUCGAUGUGCUGCGGAGAAGGGACAGACGCAGACCGACGUGGAUGCCGAGUCGUGGGGUCGUGAGGUGACCCGCAUUAACGCGGAGGCACAGAAAGCAUGGAGCGAGCAGAGAAAACCUUUUAUACCAGCCAUGUAUUUGCGACGGCGCGACCCCGCUGCUGAAGAGGCUCUUCGACUUUUACGGGUCACAAGCAAAGCAUUUGAGCUCAAUCUGCGCUUUAGGGAAAUAGAAAAACUGGAUGAGAUGCAUGCCAAAUUGUGGGCGCUUCUUAGUGCUGAUAAAACACGUCUAACGAUAACCAUCAUAGAGUACAUGGAAAUUUUGAAGAAGUUUAAGGCGUGGCAAGAAGAACGUUUCGAGGGAACUCCGAAGGCCUCACCGCAGAGAGAGGCUUCUGUACAAUCAUCACAAGAAUGUUUGGAUGACACAACGCCGUUAGGGAGUGUCGUGUACUUGGCAUCCGUGAUGCAGCCACGGCCAUCGCUACAACUUUAUCUGUCAUGCCCCCGUUCUCCUGCAGGUGGCGUGGAGGUGGUGCACAUUUACCAGCGUUUUGCCAAGCAGGUGUCCCUCGUAAAGUGUGAGGCAGAAUUGAUCAUGUGGGACACCAACAAUGAUGGAUGCUUAACCGAAGAUGAAAUGGAAAGUUAUGUGCGUGACUUGGUCCCGCGGAUCGAAGCAUUGCGAGAUAUCACCGAGGAUAUCCUGCCCUUCUACUGCUGCACAGUAAGUCGGCGCAUCUUUUGGGUAUUGGAUCCAGGGUCGAGAGGUGCCAUUCGCAUCGAUAUGUUGUUGCAAAACCCGGUGAUGGAUGAGUGGGUGAGUCUGCAACUGAUGCGGGAAGACCAGCCGCGGAACUGGUUCAGUGCCGCCAUCACGUCACAUUUAUACGACAAGUUUCUUUUGUUGGACACUCGUAACCGGGGAACCCUCAAUGCGGAUGACAUGAAGCGGUACAAAAAGGGCCUUCCAACCGUGAUGGAUGACGGCCUCCCACCGGGCGUUGGGCCGCUCUCGUCGCUUUUCAUUGACCGCUUCUUUGAGACGAAUGUGAUGAUGGCGAACUCAGAGCUGGAUUUCCGAAAAUUUGUAGAUUUUGUGGUGGCGGUGGAGUUUCUUCCAUCAUGUCAGCGGCCGCUUUUUUUCUGGAAUAUCCUAGACAUUGAGGGGUGUGGUUACUUGAAACCCGUGCAUGUGAACUACUUCUUUAGAGAAACACACACGAAACUGGUGGCAGCGGGACUUGAGGUGCCCUCACGGGAAACAGUCGUGCAGGAGGCAUUUGAUCUCAUCUCCACGGCAGAGCCGCUUUGCAUAUCUCGUGAAGAAUUCAUAAAUGCCCCACAGGCGGGUCUCUUUGUUGCUCUUCUUGUUGAUUGUCUUUCCUUCUGGACGUAUGAAAAUCGAGAGCAACGCUAA